AGCCAUUCAAAUUAAAGUAGCAGCUUGUUUGUUGUGCUACAAAUGAUUUUCUGUGCAGUGAAAGCAUGGAUUUUUAAAGUAACAGCUGUAGAGCUGCAUUUCUGAGCUGGCAAAUUGGCUUGCUUUGUCAUGCUGUACUCAAUAUUUUAGCAGUAUUUCCAAUGGAAUUUUUUUUCAUACCUUUCAAAGCAGCAAUAUGGACAUGACAUUAGUGAAUCACUAAUUCUUAGGGAGUGGAGAGACUUGGUGGUUGUGCUACAGCACAAAAGAUAAAAAUAAAUGUGUGACAAAGUAAAAGGCCUUUGGUAGAGCCAGGAAUUCAAAUCCAUGGGACAAAACUGGUGUUUCUGCAGAAAUUAUAGUACAAGAGCUAUGUGUAAGGCCCUGUCAUACCAUGACUUUCUUUGAUUGCAUGGGUAUUAGGGCUGAGGCAAGUUUUAAAUGAUGUGUGUGCCUUAACCACAAAAAAAUAUGCAAAUAUCACUGUGAAGGGAACUGCAGCUCUGCUCUCCCUCCAGUGCAGACGUUCAUGCAGUGGAGGGAGAGCUGCCAUCCUGAGGCAGGGGUGGUGAGAUUGCAGCUCUGCUCUUUCCUCCCUCAAACAUGCAGGGUGCCAUGCAAAGCACUAUGAUUUCUGCAAAUCAUAAAAGGGCUAGAGGUUUUUCCUUAUUAGUUAAUUUUAAGGAAUCAGCUUUUCUUUGUAUAGAUACAGAUGAAGUUACCGGAACCUGGCUAAAAAAGCUGUGCCAAACACUGUCACUGCUUUCCUGUUUGGAAGUUGUGCUGAGAGGUUUUACGAGCUCCCUGCACCAAUCCUGCAACUAAGAGGAAGAAGAACGUAAUGAUUUCCCAUCUCAGUUCACCAAUUAAACUCUAAAGAAAGGUUUGAUUAUUAAGCUUGAAAUUUUUUUCCGCAGAAGAUUAAUCCUUACUUUAGGGAGUUAAUUCCAUUUAUAUCAGUAAGAUUACUCACGUGAGUAACCAGCCACAGAAUUUGCCUGUAGUACUGUGAUUGCCUAGGGGGAAGUACAAGCAAGUCUGCAAUUAAAGUUACAAAAGGAAAAGGUCUGACCUUUUCUCUUCUUUUUUCUUUUCUUUUCCUUAAGUAUAUAUCUCUAUUGUUUCAUUGACUAGUGACAAUGGCUUUUGCAUUCUGAGGUGUUACUAACAGCAGCACAAAAUGGCUUUUCUUUAACAAGAAAAAAAUAGGAAAAAAAAAAAAGCUUCACUGUGAAAGGUAAAAAGAGGAGGAUCUCUGAAUUUUAACUUCAAGAAGCCCUAGGCUUUCUUCAUGUGCAUCACAUUAGUGGAAAAUUCCUUCAUUCAUUUAAGAAGAUAAACAGUUGUAACUUUCACGUUUGGUUGAUGUGACAUCGAUGACUGACUGGGACUGCCAGCAUUCCAAAAAGGAUAUCGUCCUCAUCUGCAGCCACUCAGGGCUGCGGGGUGGAGCCUGCAGCACAGGCUGAAACAUUUACAGGUGCAUAAGUACCUAGGGAAGGGCACAGGUGAUGCACCUGUCCCAGGAAAGGAGCACUAGCACAGGUGUGUCACAACUCCCCAGCUGCCGGGGUUAAAGCAUGAGCUUCUUUGACCCACAGACGCACUCCCCGCCUCGCUGCAGCCCACAGUUCCCAAAUAUCGGCCAAGAGCCUCCGGAGAUGAACAUCUACUACGAGAACUUCUUCCACCCGCAGAACAUCCCGAGCCCGCAGCGACCGAGCACCUUCGAGACGACGGAUUACAGCGCCACUCCCAACCCCUACCUCUGGCUAAAUGGACCUUCCAUCACCCCGCCAUCGUACCUGCCAGGAUCCAACACCAGCCCCUUCAUUCCGCAGUCGUACGGGAUGCAGAGGCAGCUCCUGCCCAACGUGCACAGCUUGGGAGGAGCUGACCUUGGCUGGCUUCCCCUGCCGUCCCAAGAGGAGCUGAUGAAGCUGGUGAGACCACCUUACUCGUACUCUGCCCUCAUUGCCAUGGCCAUCCACGGGGCUCCUGACAAGAGGCUGACUCUGAGCCAGAUCUACCAGUACGUGGCUGACAACUUCCCGUUCUACAACAAAAGCAAGGCUGGCUGGCAGAAUUCCAUCCGGCACAACUUGUCUCUCAACGACUGCUUCAAGAAGGUGCCUCGAGAUGAAGAUGAUCCAGGAAAAGGGAAUUACUGGACUCUGGACCCGAACUGUGAAAAGAUGUUUGACAACGGAAACUUUCGCAGGAAGAGGAAGAGGAAGUCUGACAUUGAGGCCAGCGCUGCUGCUCUUGCGUCCGAGAAAUCCGAGGACAGUACCCUGACUGGCAGCCCCAAAGCUGCAGAGCAUCAGGAUAUCUUGGAAAGCUCAUCACCUGGGACUGACAAUUCACCUGAGAAAGAAUCUCCUCCUCCCUCCUCCAGCAGCCCGUGCCUCAGUAACUUCCUCUCCAGCAUGACCGCCUAUGUCCACGGCUCCAACUCGGGGAGCCGCUCCGGGCCCGUGGGACUCAGCUCUGAACCCAUUGACAAAAUGGGGCAGAACAUGGUAGGCUUCAAUUCCUACUCUCCACUCUCCAGUAUCCCCAGCCAUGGUGUGGGAGACUGGUCCAAUUCCAUGCCUUCUGCUCACCUUGGCCACAGCAACUCAGUGCUCAACCAGUUUAACACCCAUUUUUACAGCAGCCUCAGCACAAACAACACCCUGUACUCCAGGGAAGGGACAGAGGUUUAGAGGAAGGAUUCUGGACACUAGAGGAUAGUUAUUUAUGAGAGGAAAUGAUCCAUGGGCAGGUGAUUAGCAUUAGCCUCUUGUCUCUAGGGCCACACUGCACCCACCUCCUGACAGCCACAAACUUGUUACCCAUUAUACUGAAAUCACAAACACCCCACAUUCAGCAGCUCCACAUGAAAAAUCAGGGAUCAUAGGAGGAAGAAUAGUGAAAAGUUCUCCUCAGACACUGCUUGUACAGCUGCCAGCCAAGGUCCUCUACAGAAGUCCUUGAGAAGUUACAGCUUGCCUUAGGCAGGAGGCUCUUUCUGGCAUGGCAUUAACAUUGCUGUGCUUUUUAAAGUGAUAACAGAAAUGUUGUGGUACUUUUAAAUAUCCUGUUUUCAGGUAAAAGCUGCCUGUACUAAAUGCUCAGCAAGUUCUUAUUUGGCCAAAGCUCUCCUGAACACUGCAGGUUCCAUAAUAAAAACCACUAUAUAGUGAGUAACAACCAACAUUGAAUGGUGAGUGCAGUCUUUGGCUUUCUCUCGUGCCAGUGCAGACCUUGUCUGAAGCCAGACCCCCUUCCACUCCCAGGGGGAAUGUGGCUGUGCAGCAAACUGACAUCAUCAUGGGCACAACAGGGAUUUUGAAGCUAAAGGGAAGCAUAACAAAAUACACUGGAAUUGUCUUCUGCUGUUGGACCUUUGUGUUUUCAGUUCUAAUUACAGGGUCAAUUUUAUUCCUUACAUGUGUAAAUCUAGUCAUGUAAGGGAAACAGGACCUGUCCUGAAUCCUGAAUAUAUAAAUAUAUAUAUUUAAGACAUAUUUUUUCUAAGAAGAAGACACAUUUGUUAUAUCAUAACAUUCUACAUGAACCAUUUCAACUGAGUAAAGGGUUUGAAUACUGGGGUGGGAGGUGAGGGAAGAAGAAAAGGAAGGUAAGAAGUUUAGCUGUCUCUGAAUUUUAGUUUCAAAGGCUGGAUCUUUCAGAGUAUCAACUCCAGAUAUUGUAAAAAGUCUCUGUACUGUAUUAUUUUCAUUUUGUAAAAGUCUGUGCUGUUUGUCCUUAUGUAAAUAUUACAAAUAAUUCUUAUUUUUCCUACACUCUACUGUAGCAACAAACAUUUCAAAAUAUAGAAGAAGUUUUUUUAAACCAAGACUUGACUCGAGUUCCACAUUUUUAUGUAGAGUAAUAUCUCAAAAUGGAUAAACCCAGAAGCAUUUUUAAUAAAGCAUUUGUGUAGAA